UGAAUGCAUGGUCACUGCUGUCACGUGUCGCGUGCUGGCUCUGUCCCAGCUCUAGAGCGAGAGGGGAGGAGGGGGUUGCUGCGUCAUUAUAAUCUGACGUCACUAUAAUCUGACGCAAUUUUGUUUUUUGACGAAAGGAGAGCGGUCACCAGGGAGCAAGGAUGGGCGGGAAAAGAAAUAAGAUUGUGAGAAGGAAGCCAUAUUGAAUUGUGAGGAAUCUGUGUUGACCCUUCAAAAGCGUGUUUGAACUGAGCAAGUCCAGUUAUGCUCGGAUUUCAACCUUAAAUUCCAAUCUCAGCGCCACCUGUCGACUUUCUCUGCCUGUGUCUUCUUUUUGUGAAAAGCAGUGUGCGUGGUAUUUUGUGGGAGGACAAGGGAAUUCAUUCGUGUGACUUGUGCUUCCAUCUCAUCACAGUCCAACUCAUCAUACCAGUGGUCCGAAAGUCUGCUCUUGUUUAUCAAUUCGUAUAGCACAUCCUUCCGAAAAUGAAGAUCACUGCACAGAAAUUGUGUACUUCAUUUAGAAUCAUGCCAAGGUUCAAGUUAGUUUCAAUUCUGGUGGCUUGGAUUACAACAUGGACAUUUCUUCUUCUGUACACACUGUACUUCUCACGGUCACAGUACGACACUGCAAACGUAAAGAAACUUAUCACUAAGGUUAACACUCUGACUGAUAACACAUCGUACUACACACUUAUUACAUUCAAAACUCAUAAAGUGAAAUUGGAUAAAAGCCUCAAACUAUUGCAGCCCACAGUGUCACAACAGGAUGUGUACAUUAUGCAGGAAAUCGUCGCAACUUUCUCUAUAGUGAUGACUAAGGCGUCCUUGACCUUUUUCCUCUACAGUGGAAGUCUGCUGGGGUCGUGGCGCCACCACGGCAUCGUGCCCUGGGAUGAUGACUUGGAUGUUGCUGUCCCGUCAUGGCAGAGGGAUGCCGUGGCUCUCGUGCUGAAUGGCCUCAAGCCGCACUAUCUUCUUGAUGUCACACAAGGAGUCAGAUGGAAGUUCUUCUCCGCUCGGUCUGAUACUAUCAGUAGGGUCACUUGGAAAUGGCCGUUCCUGGACAUCUCAUUCUACGAGGAGAACAGAACCCACAUGUGGGACCAACACCAAAUCUUCAAAGACUUCAUCUUCAACAAAGAAGACGUAUUUCCAUUGUCUGAGCGUCCUUUCAUGGAGAUGAUGCUGCCUGCCCCGAGAAACACAAAAGCCGUACUGUCCCGAACCUACAACGUUAGCGUGUGUGCAUUGGGGUGGUACAACCACCGUGAAGAGUACUUAAUUGGCGGCGAAGAGAAGUCAGUGCCGUGUGAACAGCUGCAGCAAGUCUUUCCGUUUGUCAGGCGCCAGGCUGCAGUAGGCGGCCAUGGAGGUUGUAACGAGAGUCUCGUCUUAAAUGGAAAUGUGUUGGCGUGGGUGGUGCUGAGCGGUGUGCAGUGCUAAGGUGGACUCUCUUGCCAGUUACUUUUGUUAAACCUUC